AUGCAAGCACCUCGAGCGAUACGCGAUUUUCCUCAUUCACCUCCAUCUCCGUCAAACUCAAAACGUCGGCAAACCAUGUUCAACGAGACUCAACCCCCGAAUAAAAGACAACGACCAGGAGUAGCGACAAAUCUUUUGUAUAAACUUACUGAACUUGCCGCUUAUACCUCGGCCGUCGCCACCGAAACAUAUCAAACAUUUAUUGGCGUGGUUGGAACAGACGGACUACCACCAGCAUCCCAACAACAAUUCAAUCAACGUAAAAUUAGUAAUGCUGCGACUUUUAAUAAUAGGUAUAGUAUGGCCUUGGAUGGAUAUGGUGAGGACAUUAUGCAAAUCAAAGCAGACGAUGAUGAUUGCGAGAUGGGUGAUGAAGAAUUCGUUGAAACAACUGAAGUUAAAAGCAUCAAAAAAAAUGAAUGCGAUUGGUCAAACGUUAACGCUGACGAAGAGGAACCCCCGCCACCAUAUGAUAGUUCUUGGUCAAUGGUAAAUAUUCUCUUUAAUACUUUGAGCAUGAUCACUUUUAUUAAAAUAGAUUGA